AUGAUGGAAGCUUCAGACUCCGCACACUCCUCUGCACCUCACGAUGAUCCUCUUCCGGAACUCGACCGAAGGCUUAUUUUGGAGGCAACUAAAAUUUUUCAAGGACGAUUUACCAUGUUCAGCUUCCUACAUGGACCUACACUGCUCAAACAUAUUUAUGGAAACAAUCCGCUGGAUUUGAGAUUUUGUGGAAUCAUGGCUUUGUGUGCGCGGUUUAUCCCCGAAUUGAUACACAAACACGGUGGUCCUCUUGCUGCAUCUGAACACUUUGCCGCCUACCUACGACACAGGAUUACCGCUCAUACUAUAGUCAGUUUGGACUUAAAAAUUGCUCAGACUUUACUUUUGCUGAGCUUUCAUGAUUGGGGUUCUGGGAAAGGCGGCCAAUCAUGGACGUAUAACGGCAUGGCAACCAGAACCUGCUGUGUAAUUCUUUCACGACUGUCUCAAUCCAAACAGCACGCACCCGCCGUGCUUCAGAUGCAAGUUGAAGAGGCCCGAAGAACACUAUGGUCAUGUCUUAUGAUAGAGGCAAUGCUAGGAUGCGGAGACCUUCGCUCAUUGAGUCUGCAUUCAAAGCUAUACCACGUGCCUCUUCCAUCCUCUGAUGAAGAUUUCAAUUUCAGCGUGUACCCAGAAGGCGAUUUGAAUUAUUUGGAGGUCCUUGAUCUCGAGUUCUCAGACCCUCCGAAAAUCCAAAGACUGGGGAACAAAGGAUAUGAAAUCAAUUUUUCACUGAUUAUUCAGGGAUUCAACGUCUGGUCCGAAGUCUCUCGAUGGGUCUUCUCUGGGCAAACAACGCAGAGAUUGUCUACCUCAAGGGGGUUUUCCUGUCGGGAAGACUCAUUCUGCAGUCGUAGUCUCGCGGUGCUUGAAGACUGGCGAGAAGCUCAAUCUUCACGCUUACAUUUCUCAGCUACGGACUCUCAUUUGCCGGCAUUUCUAUCUUGCGGACAGGGUGAGCGGUAUGCUUUCGUGAAUUUGAUUUAUUAUUCAACAUCUAUCUCUCUGCACCGCGAGUGUCUGCCCCUACUUAUCAAUGGGGGUCCUUUCCAGACGAGAUCCGAUGAUGCUAAUACCGUAGAACCAAUUCUAGCCAAUUGGUGGGAGAAGAGUGCGGAACAAUUGGCUGAAAGCGCUAGCAACACCAUCCAUUUGAUCAAACAACUUCUUCAUUACGGAAUAGAUUUACAGGUUCCAUUUGCAUGCUACUGCGUUUUCAAUGCUACAACAGUACUUUAUUACGGCAAGAAAUGGCCCGAGAUCAUGCCAGGGGUUUCAAAUGCAAGUGAGCUUUUUGACUGGGGCGUCGAGUGGAUAUCGCGAGCGAGUGAAAUUUGGGAGGUUGCACGAGUCUGGCGAACGACCUUGAUGAAGAUUGAUAUAUCCAGCGCAGUGGCUCACGGUCCCCAAAGUGCUUGGCAAGAGUCGCGAUCUGGCUCAGCUGCCCCCUCUGUUGAACGAAACUUUCCAAGUCCACAGAGACCUGAUGAUAUUCGAUUGACCUUUGAACAAAACUAUGCGGAUUCUGAUGAUCUGAAUUCACUAUGGCACUCUUUGGUGGCCUGUCCCAUCCAAACAUUCCCGCCAGUGGAUGGCGAUUUCCUGAACUUUCGAUUCGAUUAA